CCCAAGACUGAGAAUUCAGUGCCUGCUGUCACCUACGCCUCUGUCUCCAUCAUCACCGUUGCAGUCCUGCAGGUAGGAGCAACCACCCGCAGCCCUCUGCUCAGAGCCAUGUCCUACCCAGUGACCAGUCAGCCCCAGUGUGCCAGCGGUUGCUACCAGACCCAGCUCAGUGACUGGCACACCGGUCUCACGGACUGCUGCAAUGACAUGCCCAUCUGUCUGUGCGGCACUUUUGCCCCUCUGUGCCUCGCCUGCCGCAUCUCCGAUGACUUCGGCGAGUGCUGCUGCGCGCCCUACCUGCCCGGAGGCCUGCACUCCCUGCGCACCGGCAUGCGCGAGCGCUAUCAUAUCCAGGGCUCUGUCGGGCACGACUGGGCGGCCCUCACCUUCUGCUUGCCCUGCGCCCUCUGUCAGAUGGCGCGGGAACUGAAGAUCCGAGAGUAAAGCUCCUCGAUCCCUCUCCUUCCCCAUCCGCCCUUCUCCGUCCUCUCUUGGGAGGUCCUGCCCCUCUGCCCUCUCCCGCCACCAGAAACGCACCCACAAUAAAAGAAAAAAAAAAAAAAACCGGAAAACCAA